CCCACAGACACACAGACCGAACAGCGGACGGACUAACCGAGCUCCCGUGUUCUCCGGCUGACCCCCCCGCACAAUGAUGUCUCGGUUCCGGAUCUUUUGGACCGGGGUGCUGGUCCUCCUCUCAGUCCUCCUGUUGUUGUCCCACGCCUUCAGCCACAUGAGCACCAACCUGUGUAGGUGGUGCGAGUCAUCCAGUCCGUUGUGUAAAGACAGCGUCUGCAUGAGUAACUGCUCCCUGUCCUCCUUCUGCAGCGUAAGUGAGGAGAUCUGCAUCGCUAUAUGGAGAAAGACCAACGACACAAUGACGGUUCACACCAUGUGUCAUGACCCAUCCCUGCCACUAGAGGGCGUUGACCCAGCACUGCUGCGUAACUUCACCUCCAAAGAGUGUCACAUGUUCCCACAGCCUGCUGAAGAUGGGGACAUGAUGGUGUGUGGCUGCCAAGAGCAGGAGUGCAACGACAAGCUCAUCUUUGACAAGGGAGCCAACGGAUUCUCUAAACUGCAGAGUAAAGACGUGAUCCCGGUGGUCGUGGUCAGUUGUCCUCCCAUCCUGGUUGCCAUGGUUGCCACAGCCGCCUUCUACUUUUACCGCACACGGCGGCCGGACAAACCCGGCCCUUCUGCACGCCCUCACUGGCCAACCAAACGCACCCAGGACCUCUACCAGGCCUUCGACCUGCCGUGUGGAGGAGGAGGAGGCAUGAACGGUCCUGGGACUGAAAUGGAGGAGUCUAACGCCAAGGUGCCCAACAACGACAACAUCAGUGACAUGACAGCCUGGCAGAUGUCUGAACCACUGCCCAUCAAGCUGGAGGCUCUGGUGGGGAAGGGGCGCUUCGCAGAAGUGUGGAGGGGAUGCCUUCUGGAGGGGGUGAAGGGCGGAGUCAGCAGCUAUGAAACGGUGGCGGUGAAAGUGUUUCCCGCCGUAGAGUAUGCCUCCUGGAGAAACGAGUGCUCCAUCUACUCAGACCCCAAACUGGAGCAUGACAAUGUGGUGCGAUUCUUUGCAGCUGUAGAGAGGGGCCCACCUGGCCACGCACUCAGGAAGUACUGGUUGGUUUUGGCCUAUCACAGCUUAGGGAACCUGCAGGACUUCCUCACCGCAAACAUCCUGACCUGGAAGGAACUCAUUGUCAUUGCUGGGAGCAUUGCUAGAGGAUUAGCUCAUCUCCACAGUGACACAACUCCCAGUGGGGUUCCAAAGGUUCCAGUUGCUCAUCGGGACCUGAAGAGCAGUAACAUCGUGGUGAAGAACAGGAGGGAGUGCGCUCUGUGUGACUUUGGUCUGGCGUUACGAUUGGACCUCUCCUUGACGGCUGAUGACUUCGCCAACAGUGGACAGGUGGGAACGGCUCGCUACAUGGCUCCUGAGGUCCUCGAGUCCAGGGUGAACCUGGAAGACCUUGAGGCCUUUAAACAGAUGGAUGUUUACUCCAUGGCUCUGGUCCUCUGGGAGAUGGCUUCUCGCUGUCAGGCCAUCGGUGAGGUGAAGAGCUAUGAGCCGGCGUUUGGCUCCAAGGUCUGUGAGCAGCCCUGUGUGGACAGCAUGAGAGACCUGGUGCUGAGGGACCGAGGACGGCCGGACAUCCCCUCAGCGUGGAUGGAGCAUCAGGGGAUGAGCGUCUUCUGCUCCACCGUUACUGAGUGCUGGGAUCACGACCCGGAGGCCCGACUGACAGCCCACUGUGUGGUGGAGCGCUUCAACGUCCUACAGCAGGAGGAGGAGGAGGGAGGAGUGCAGGAGGAUGACGAAGAGGAAGAAGAUCUGAGGUUAGACACUAACACAGAGGGGAACGGGGAGAUGGAAAAGGACUCAGGAACUCCAGACAGGAAUCAGAGUCCUUCCUUCAGCACUGCUGCUUCGUCGCCUUCGCCCUCUUCCUCUUUGCAGACUCCUCUACAAGACUCAGAUAGAGGAGGCCCAGAGGUUUCCCAUGAUUCUCUGGUGCACACUGGUUCUGUGGUGUAAACAGUGGACCCCGUCGAACCAUCCUGUUGCUGGCUGUGUUACACGUCUGUGUGAUCGCUUCAGUGUUUCCAAAGGGACAAUAAGUGACUCUAAGUGGCCCUCAGACUUAUCUUUGGAGGGGAAUAAUGCGAUACCACGAAGCUGACCCCUCUUAAUGGAGUGUACCACUUCUAGCUACACUGGCAACAAGUUUGUCGCACAACUCAGACUGAAUAUUUUCAAAAUAAGGGACCGAUUUCCAGGAAAUUGUGCAGAGACGCUCCUGGACCCUGGAUAGUGAUCAUGACUGACUUUGGUGAUCCCCUGACCUCAGCUCCAGUGACACCAGCACGAUAACUAAAAGGCCUAAACCCCAAACCUAAAACCUAAAACCUAAGUUGUACAAAGCAUGCAUACACCACAGGCUCUGUGUCGCUUCAGAGUAGUAAACUCUGUGCGGAGGGCAACCUGUAACCCUGUAACACCUCUGCAGUCAUUGAAGAAUGAUUUCACAUCAAUGAAUGUCUGCAUAAAGACAGAUAUCUUGCAUGCAAGUGUCACUAAUAAUCAACUGGGAGAGGUCUUUACUCCAUUCUCACUUUGCAAGUCUCUGUCUGACUGAAGUCAAAGGUGAUGCAUGAAAACAGGAAGUCCUUGAUAGCUACUUGCUGAACACCUGAAGCCCGGAAAAGGUGCUCAUCGCUCCGAGGCAUUAACCUUUGUUAGAUGGUAAUCAAUGGGAUCAAGGUUGUUGAGCCCAUUUUAGGAAGUUCUUAAAGCCAACGUAAAGAAACGUCAGAGAAUCACCAAACUCUGUUCAGUGCAUCCUCUGGGGGACAUGACCGUCAUGAACCACAGUCCCUAACACUAUCUGACCACAGCAGGAGUAUUUCAGUCUGAUCCAUCACCGUCCCUUUAGCAACGCACGGCUAUUAAGAUAACACCGGUGAUAAUCUGGCUGCACGAUCCGCCAUCACACAGAUACAGGAAGAACUUUGGUUUCUUCUGAGACGUUCUGAACGUUUAACCUGAAGACCCGAGAGGACAGAACCAACCGGAACGUGACACUUCAGUCAGACGUGAGACGGAGAAACAGAAAUCUUCAGAGCAUCAGUCGGAGUUCUGCAGGCAGAGAUGAACAUUUAACUUUUGUUGUCUGAGGAUUUUCAUUUGUUGGAGCUGGUCUCCGUUAUUUUCUAAUUGCUACUGUUUGCUUUUUUCCUGUAACCGACUUCUCUGAGUAAACAGAGGAGAGCUUCCCGUCCUGUGAAAUGUGUUUGUCUGACCAGUCCUUGGAUCCAUUGAGUUUUCCUUUUUUAAUGAUAAGGUCAGCCUUAUGGGUCGUGUACUCAAACAUGCACUUAACUUUAUUCAGUGUUGAUGAAAAGAUGCCAAAACUGGAAAAGCCUUCCAAAGAACUGAUAAUCUGAAAGGCUGAGGAUCCAGAGACCAGAAAUAUUUUUCCAACCAGCGUGAAACACAAACACUGAAAACCACUAAGAGAUGGAAAACUCAGAGACUCAAAUGUUUGUUUUUCAUUUUGUAAUAAAGUUUGUUUUCUGUUUUCGAUGA